AUACGUUUGUAGUUUACAUUAUGUCAAACAAAUUAGACGACGUAACCGGCAGACAUUGGGAAGAAUAUCGUAAUGUCUUAUCGAAACCACCAUCUUUGCAACAAUUUUGCGAAUUUAUUAGUAACAAAGCUGAUUUAUUGGAAACUAUAGAAAAUAAACAAAGUACAAAUGUAAAUAAAACAAUUUCGAAAAAUAACAGUUAUGUAGUCGCAUCAAACAUAAAUAAUAGUCGUUCCUUUGCACAGUCAAAAAAUAACAACAUGAAAUCUUAUAAUUUGUCAUGUCCUUUAUGUUCAAAAAAUCAUCUUUUAUUUACAUGCGAACAUUUUCGUAGUUUAACCGUUGAAGGACGAUUAAAAAAGGCAAAGGAAUUAAAAAUAUGUUUUAAUUGUUUACGUCCCGGGCACGGUACUAAGCGAUGUCGAUUAACGCAUUGUAAGUAUUGCAAUAGUAAACAUAAUACUCUUUUGCACACCGAAGAGUCUAAGCCUACUUCAUUUCAAGACCCGAUGCCUAGUAGUUCUAGUGUCGCAUUGCCUAUUCACCAAUCUUCAUCAUCCAUUGCUUGCGCUAAUCAAAAUAAUAUUGCUUUGUCGAGUAAUACUUCCAUACAACCUACUACUUCUUCGCAUGUUUUACUGUCCACAGCUAUGGUGAAAGUGAUUGACGACAACGGCAACAGCAUAGACGCACGGCUUCUACUCGAUAACGGCAGUACAGCUAACUUUAUAACGCAGUCGCUUUGCAGUAAGCUAAAAUUACCUACACGUUCCGUAAGUUCUGAAAUUAAUGGCAUUAAUAAUCAAUCGUUAACUAGUACCCAAGUUUGCAACCUAACAAUCCAGUCCCAGUGUUGUAGGUAUAGAACGAAUAUAGAUUGUUAUAUAUUACCGGAGAUAACUAAAAUACUUCCUUCUACUUUAAUAGACGUCAGUCAACUUUCGAUGCCCGCAGAUCUACAUCUAGCUGACCCUACGUUUAACAUACCGUCAGUAGUCGAUAUUCUCGUCGGGGCUGAAGUUUUCUGGGAUGUAAUAUACAAUAAAUCAAUUAACCUAGGGAAACACAAGCCUAAGUUAGUCAAAUCAAAAUUAGGUUGGAUUGUUACAGGCCAACUACCGAUACAGUCAACAUCAAAUUUUACGCAUUCUUGUAACUUGUCUAUAAGAGAUCUGGACAACAAUUUGAAAAGGUUUUGGGAACUCGAUUCCGUAGCUUCGAGUCACGCCUUGUCCAGCGAAGAACGAGCUUGUGAGGAAAGCUUUAAGCUAAAUACAAUUCGUAACGAAGACGGUCGAUUUAUUGUAACGAUACCAUUAAAAAAUAAUGCAAAUGUCUUAGGUGAGUCAUAUGAGAUGGCGAAACGUCGUUUUUUAUCAAUCGAACGUCGAUUUCAACGUAAUCCUGGAUUCAAGGAGCGCUAUAUAGCCUUCAUGCAGGAGUACGAACGUUUGGGUCAUAUGACUGAAAACAUCACGCGUAAUUUUUCUAAAUCAGAAUCUAAUGUCGAAUAUUUUUUGCCACAUCAUGGAGUAAUUAAUGAUUCUAGCACAACAACAAAGUUUCGUGUAGUUUUUGAUGCAUCUGCACCAACCUCGUCUGGGCUAUCAUUCAACGACAUCCAAAUGGUAGGACCCACUAUACAAGACGAUCUUCUUUCGAUUUUGUUACGUUUUCGACAGCACAAGUAUGUCAUAUCCGCGGACAUUGAAAAAAUGUAUAGAGCUAUUAAUGUGACACCUAAACAACGCUGUCUACAACAAAUAAUAUUUAGGGAGGACCCUAAGUUACCGCUGAAAACAUAUAAACUUAACACGGUAACCUACGGCACAGCAUCAGCUCCUUAUUUAGCCACAAAAUGUUUAACUAGUUUAGCCUCAAACGCGUCGAAUGAAAAUAUUAAACGGUCAAUUUUACAAGACUUCUAUGUAGACGAUUACCUUAGUGGCGGCGACACCAUACUACAGGUGGUGCAUCUAAGUACGGAAGUAAGAUCUAUUUUGUCUUCGGCGCAAUUUCAUCUUCGUAAAUGGAAAUCCAAUAGCCCGGAGAUAUUAUCCCAGGUCUUAGGUGUUUCAAGUUGUGAAAACAGUUUGAAUUUCGCAGAAAAUAAGGAUACGCCACAUAAAACGUUAGGCUUAUUUUGGUUGUGUAAUUCGGAUCAUCUUUCUUUCUCUGUUAACAUAGACUUAAACAAACAGGUAACGAAACGUAUUAUGUUGUCUGUAAUUAGUCAGAUUUUCGACCCUUUAGGUCUUGUAGGUCCUUGUGUUGUUGAAGGCAAAAUCUUAUUACAAGGUCUUUGGUUGACAAAGUCUGCUUGGGAUGAAGAAGUACCAAAUAAAAUAAAAUUACUGUGGACAUCCUUCUCAACCUCGCUAUCACAUCUUAAUAAUUUAAAGAUCCCUCGUUGGGUCUUGUCUAAUAACGCAUGUUCAUAUGAACUUCAUAUUUUUACAGAUGCUUCGGAACAGGCGUACGGGUCUUGUGUUUACCACAAAAGAAGGAAGAUGCAAAUAAAUACUAGUUAUGUGUGA